GUUAAGUUGUUCGGGUAAUGAUCACAUGAACAUAUUUCUCACUAUCGUCAUGAUAGAAACUGAAUGACUGGUUAUAAGAUUAGCUGGAGAGAAACUGAGUGGAUGGUUAGAAGAAAAAGUUCUGAACAGAGUCUGAGCUUUACUCAGAAUCAGAGCAAGCGCAAGUAUCAAAAAUCUUUUGCCUCCAUGAACCGGAAUGAAAAAAGUUCAAUCUCAACACUUGUUUAGUUAUCACUUGUAAAUUGUUUGUUGUGUUAAAGUGUUAACCCAUGAAUACCCUGAUUUCAUCACACCACCAUUGAUAUUACAAAAGAGAUGAAAAUUAUUAUUGUUCAAUGGUAAUCAAGUGAGCUCAAUAGAGAGAGAGAGAGGAACUGAAAGAGCUAAAAAGAUACAACUAAAGUAUUGAGAGAUAAGUCUAACCAUGGAUUUAAAUCAAUACUCAAGUUCAUCAAUUUCUGCCAAUACAUCUUGUGAUAAUUACUUGACAAACAGUUCACCUAAACAAUGCCCAUUAAUUAGUAGUAAUUAUUUACAGUUUGAUAACUAUGUUUCAUCAACAACCUCAUCAUUGAUACAAUUAAGGUCACCAACGACAAUACCCUCCGUCAAUUCAUCCCCAUCGCCAUCAGAAAUCAAUGAGCUUCGUCCUUUUAUCCCUUCGGUCAGUCUACAAGUUAUUUGGACUUCACUUUUUAGCCUGAAUGUUGUCUCAUCCAUUUUGGGAAAUCUAAUUGUUAUCCUGAUCAUUUGUAGUUAUAAACAAAUGAGAACCAAAACUAAUCUAUUCCUACUUAAUUUAUCAAUCGCUGACCUAAUGAUGGCCACUUUCAAUACGAUGUUUAACUUUAUUUUUAUGCUCCAAAGCCAUUGGCCUUUCGGCGAUACUUAUUGUCUAAUCAACAAUUUCCUCUCAUCAAUUGCAACAACAUCCUCAGUGUUUACAAUAACCGUUACAUGUAUCGACAGGUACAUGGCGGUUGUUCAUCCAUUUAAGCCACGAAUGAAUCGGACAACAUCGUUAAUUGUUGUCAUGUUAAUCUGGUUAUUAGCUGGAAUCCUCGCUCUACCCUCAGUUUUAUACUCGACAACCUAUGAGAUUAAAUAUCAAGAUGGAUCAAGGAUAUUGUGUUGGUUACAUUGGCCUGAUGGUGUUCCCAAUAUAUCUCAAUACGAUCACAUAUAUAAUAUUACUUUUUUCGUGGUUACCUAUGCGAUUCCAAUGCUCAUAAUGGGUUUAACUUAUACUCGAAUGAGUUUCGUCCUUUGGGGAAGUGCUCAGAUUGGUGAGAUGACCACUCAUCAACGAGAAGCGAUAAGGUCGAAGCAGAAAGUUGUCCCAAUGUUGAUCAUAGUGACCAUCAUAUUUGGAUUAUGUUGGCUACCUUAUCAACUCUAUUUCGUGGUUGUUUUUUACAUCAUUGAAUUGGGCCAAAAGGAUUACACUCAGCACAUUUACCUUACCUUUUAUUGGUUAGCAAUGUUCAAUUCCUCGCUCAAUCCAAUAAUCUAUUGUCUUCUAAAUAAAAGGUUUCGAAAAUAUUCAAAGAAAUUGAUAAUUACCAUGUGUCGAUGUGGUGAAGAUCGUUCGUCCAACCUUCGAGGUGUCUCAUUACGAAGUGAGGAUUGUUCAAAUUUAGACCAUAAAUCCGUUAAGCUGCCCACUCAUCUCACAAGGAUGGACAUGAAAAGUGACGAUUUAUGA